AUGUUUACCUCAGCCCUAAAGUCCCUCGUCGUCAGCGGCACCCUCCUCAUCAGCCUUCUCAACCCGGCCGCUUUCGUCCUGGCCGCUCCCAGCCCGGCUGAUCCCGCUAGCACCAGCCCCAAUGUCCCUCUCAGCCCGGAAGACGCUUUGGCUGCGUACACCCGUCCGUUGAACAAGCGUGAGGCCGAGGGCUUGGCCUUGAACGCGAGGAAGGACCCGCCCAAAUGGACGGGCGGCAACAACGAGGUCAUUCACUUCUUCAACUGCCAGAAGAGACCCAACUGGGGUCAUGGAACUGAUUCCUUGGUUAUCAUCUGCGAAGACGACAAGAACUGCCACGACCUCAACUACCUCCCUCCGGACGACUCCCUUUGCCUGAUGGACCGCUUCGACGACGACGGCAUCUUCCAUGUUUGGGAGGGCAGCGUGCAGGGAUGCCUGUUUAUCAACUACAACAACAUGUUGAGCUGGAACAUCACCAAGGAUGCGCAGAAGCAGGCGGAUUUUUUGACCUCCGACACCUUCGUCUACCAGGGUUUCAAGGAUAGCAAGCCCAGGGGUUUGGCUAUUCCCUAUCGUGACUGCGAGAGUAUUUAUUACUUCACGCUGAGGAAGGAUCUGCAGCUUGUUCAUGGCAACUGA